AUGAAAGCUAAUUUUGUAUUUGCAACAAAGAUUAUCAAGCUUUUCAGAGUGUGGAUUGGGACUGUCGUAGCUCAUGUGUCAUGUCAUCCCCAGUGUCUGGAUAAUAGACUUCCCUUUAAACCAGAUUUUCACCUGCAAUUCUGCCCUCAAUACAGUACAUUUGGCUAUAGUAAUCAAGAGAAGGAUAAUGAAAUUGCACAGAAAUACAGGGAAGUCACAGAAUUGCUUGACUUUAAUGGAUCUAAACAGUGUGGAAAGCAUGUGAAAGAGAUCAUGUGUCAGAUGAGUUUUAAUGAAUGUUCCCCUUAUGCUGCACACCUGUAUGAUGCAGAAGACUCUCUUACCCCUCUUUGAAACACUCCAGGACUCUGCUUCAACUACUGUUCAGGAUUUCAUCGAAAUUGUCACUCAUCCAUUCACCUUUUGAACAAGGACAGACAGAUCCAGGAAUCAUGUGAAAGGGGCAAGGCCUACUUUUGUAACCUGCUCCAGCUUCCUAACCUAGACUAUUGCUUUCCUAACAUUCUGAAGAGCACAGACUUGAACCAGAACUAAGGCUCAGUGGUGGUGGAUCAACAGGGCUGUCUGCAUCUUUGUCUCCAAGAGAUUGCCGAUGGUUUAAAAAACCCUGUUCUUAUGAUUCACGCUAAUGAUAAUACCCAUCGUUUAUUUGCAGCUGAUCAGCUUGGUUUUGUGUGGGUCUACUUGCCAGAUGGCAUUCGAUUGUCAGAACCAUCCCUUGAACUUACAGGACAAGUGCUGACCACUUCUUGGAUUGGUGAUGAGCGAGGAUUCCUGGGAUUGGCCUUUCAUCCAAAAUUCAAAACUAACAGCAAAUUUUAUGUGUAUUAUUCCAUCCUUAUGAAAGGCAAGUUGGAAAAAGUUUGCAUAAGUGAAUUGAAAAUUUCAUCUCAUCACAUGAACCAGCCAGAUCCUUAUUCUGAAAGAUAUAUACUGGAAAUUCAAGAACCAGCAACCAAUCACAAUGGUGGACAAAUUCUGUUUGGCUUCAAUGGUUUUCUCUACAUCUUUAUUGGAGAUAGUGGAAAAGCUGGAGAUCCAUUUGGCAAAUUUAGAAAUGCUCAAAACAAGAGUGUCUCGUUAGGCAAAGUUUUACAAAUUGAUGUUGAUGGAAGUUCCUAUGACAGGCCAUAUCAAAUCCCACUGGAUAACCCUUUCCUUCAUGAUCAAAAUGCUCGACCAGAGGGUUAUGCGUACGGCUUGAGAAAUAUGUGGCGUUGUUCAGUGGACGGGUGAGGCCCUACAACAAAGGAAGGCGGGGGAAGACUAUUCUGUGGUGAUGUGGGUCAGAACAAGUAUGAAGAAGUUGAUAUCAUUGUAAAAGGAGACAACAAUGGCUGGAGAGCUAAGGAAGGCUUUGAAUUCUAUGACAAGAAGUUGUGUCAAAAUUCAUCAUUAAAUGAUAUCCUUCCUAUUUAUGCAUACGAUCACAGUGUUGGCAAGUCUAUCACUGGUAGUUACGUGUACCGGGGCUGUGAAUCACCUAAUUUGAAUGGCUUGUACAUUUUUGGAGAUUUCAUGAGUGGCUGAGCUACACAUAUUAUGGCACUGCAGGAAGAUCUGAAAACAGGAAUGUGGAAUAAACAAGAUAUUUGUAUGGGUGAUUACCAAAUCUACGCCUGUUUAUUUCCAGGACUGAUUAAUCGUCAUCAUAAAUUUCUCAUUUCCUUUGCUGCAGAUGAAACAGGGGAGUUAUACUUCUUGGCUACUUCCUUUCCAAGUGCAUAUGCCUCACAAGGAAUGAUUUACAAGCUCAUUGAUCCUUCCAGGACAGCUGUUCCAGGGAAGUGUAAAUACAAGCCAGUUCCAGUCAAAGUCAAAAGCAAACGUAUUCCAUUUGUGCCACAAGAAAUGGAAGCCAGGAGAGGUAUCCUGUACCCUGAGGGCAGAAGGAGGCAGCCAAACCGCAUGACCAACUCUGCAUAG